CCGAAAGCGAAAGCACACAUAAAAACGACGUUUUUGAUGACAUUUUACCAGAACCUAAAAAGCCAUCACAGUUCACUGAUUCUGUAAAGAAAGGAGGGAGCCACUGCCUCUACAAUGAGUCUUCACGAGGAGAGAGAUAAUCAGACCCAGACAGUAGUGUCUGCAGUGUCCAGCUGUGUGUCUUUGAAGAGUAUUGACUCCAUGAGGGAACCUCCUGUACUGAGUGGUGGAACGGUGACCUCUGACACCAAAUCACUAAUUCUGGAGAGAAAGGCAGGAGGCACUACCUCUACAAUCAGUCCUUAUGAGGAGGGAGAUGAUCAGACUCAGACAGCAGCAUCUGCAGUGUCUUUAAAGAGUGCUGACUCUAUGAGGGAACCUCCUGUACUGAGUGAUGGAACAAUGACCUCUGACCCCAAAGUGAAGAGGGACAGUCGGAUCAGAUCUGUAAACUAUGAGCCCAACAUCACACAAACAGCCCUGCUAAAUAAAACUGAACACCUGCAGAAACCAGUAGAUGAUGAACUACAGAGAUUCAAAGACCAAUUCAAAACCAGCAUGAAGAACAAGUAUGAGAAUUUAUUUGAGGGACUGAAACUCCAGGAGAAUGAAUGCCUCCUGAACAGGAUCUACACACAGCUGUACAUCAUAGUGGGAGAAAGAGAAGGAGUGAAUGAAGAACAUGAGGUUUUACAGAUGGAGAAAGCAGCCAUAACACAACACUCACAAGACACUCAAAUCUACUGCAAUGACAUCUUUAAAGCCUCAUCUGAACAAGGAUGUGAGGAGAAAGACCAAAUCAAGACUGUUCUUACUAAAGGCAUCGCUGGAAUCGGGAAAACUGUCUCUGUGCAGAAGUUCAUCCUGGACUGGGCAGAGGGAAAAGCCAAUCAGGAUGUAGAUUUCAUGUUUGUGCUUCCAUUUCGAGAGCUGAACUUGAUCCGAGAUCAUCAGUACAGUCUUCACAGACUUUUGCUGGACUUUCAUCCUGAACUUCAAGAUCUGGACUCACAGAUUUAUGAGGAGUGUAAAGUUGUGUUCAUCUUUGAUGGUCUGGAUGAAAGCAGAAUCACACUGAUGUUUUCAGAUGAUCAAAAAAUUUGUGAUGUGAAUGAGACUUCAUCAGUGUCUGUGUUGAUGUCAAACCUCAUCAAAGGAGAGUUGCUUCCCUUUGCUCUCAUCUGGAUCACUUCAAGACCAGCAGCAGCCAAUCAGAUCCCCUCAGAAUACAUCCACCGUCUGACAGAAAUUCAGGGAUUCAAUGAGUCUCAGAAGGAGGAAUAUUUCAAGAAGAGAAUCAGUAACCAGGACCAAGCCAGCAGAAUCAUCUCACACAUCAGAAGAGCAAGAAGCCUCCACAUCAUGUGCCACAUCCCCGUCUUCUGCUGGAUCUCAUCCACUGUGCUUCAGAAGCUCCUGGAAGAAGAUCUGAGUGCAGAAAUCCCUCAAACUCUGACUGAAAUGUACAUCCACUUCCUGCUGAUUCAGAUCAACAUGAAGAACCAGAAGUAUGAAGAGAGAGAUCCAGAGAAACUCCUGCAAUCCAACAGAGAAGUGAUUGUGAAACUAGCUGAAGUGGCUUUCAAACAGCUGAUGAAGGGCAAUGUGAUGUUCUAUGAGGAGGACCUGAUUGAAAGCAGUAUAGAUGUCACUGAUGCCUCUGUGUAUUCUGGGAUUUGCACUGAGAUCUUUAAGGAGGAAUCUGUGAUUCAUCAGAGGAAAGUCUAUAGCUUCAUUCAUCUGAGCAUUCAGGAGUUUCUCGCUGCUUUCCAUGUGUUUAAGUACCACAUUAGCAUCAGUACAGAAGCAUGUUUAGAUUCACUGCAUAAUCUGCAAAAAAGAGGAGUAGAAAAAGCCCUUGAGAGUGAGAGUGGACAUCUGGAUCUGUUCCUGAGGUUCCUGCUGGGCGUCUCACUGGAGUCCAAUCAGAGACUCUUACAGGAUCUACUGACACACACAGAGAACAGCUCAGAGACCAUCAGCAGAACCACACAGUACAUUAAAGAGAAGAUCAAAGAUGGUCAUGGACUCUCCACUGAAAGAUCCAUCAGUCUGUUCCUCUGUCUGCUGGAAGUGAAAGAUCAGACUUUGUCUAGAGAGAUUCAGGAGUUUGUGAAAUCAGACAAACAUUUAGAGAAGAAACUCUCUCCUUCUCACUGCUCAACAAUCUCCUACAUGCUUCAGAUAUCAGAGGAGGUGCUGGAUGUGCUGGACCCCAUGAAAUACAACACAUCAGAUGAGGGCAGAAAAAGACUGAUUCCAGCAGUGAUCAACUGCAGAAAAGCUGUUCUUGCUGGCUGUAAUCUAACUGCUCAAUGUUGUGAAGCUGUUUCAUCAGCUCUACAAGCCCCUAAAAUCUCUGAGAGAGCCCUGAGAGAGCUGGAUCUGAGUAACAAUGACCUGCAGGAUUCAGGAGUGAAACUGCUCUCGAAUGGACUGAAGAGUCUAAACUGUCAGCUGCAGAUACUGAGGUUGUCAGGCUGUAUGGUGACAGAGGAAGGCUGUGGUUAUCUGUCUUUAGCUCUGAGUUCAAACCCCUCACACCUGAGAGAGCUGGAUCUGAGCUACAAUCACCCAGGACCGGCAGGAAACCAGCUGCUCAAACACAAACUGGAGGAUCCAGACUGUCAGCUGCAGAUACUCAAUUUGAAUCAUGGAGAACGUUCCAGGAUCAGACCAGGACUGCAAAAAUACGCCUGUGAUCUCACACUGGAUCCAAACACAGCAAACACUAAACUCAUCCUGUCUGAGGACAACAGGAAGGCGACGCUUGUGGAAGAUCAUCAGCCGUAUCCUGGUCAUGAAGAGAGAUUUGAGCACUACGAGCAGGUUCUGUGUGUUGAGAGGCUGACUGGACGCUGUUACUGGGAGGCUGAAUGGAGCGGCUGGGUUGACAUAGCAGUGACGUAUAAAGGCAUCAGCAGGAAAGGAAGAAGUGAUGACUGUGAUUAUGGACUUAAUAAUAAGUCCUGGAGUUUGAGUUGCAUUAAGGGCAGAUACACUGUCUGGUACGAUAAAAUCAGCAUUGAUAUUCCUGUGCCUCUACCACAAUCUAACAGAGUUGGUGUCUAUCUGGACUGGUCAGCUGGCUCUCUGUCCUUCUACAGCAUCUCUGACACACACACACUCACACACUUACACACAUUCAACACCACAUUCACUGAACCCCUCUAUGCUGGGAUUGGGGUUUUUUAUAAUAACUGCUCUGUAUGUCUGUGUCAGAUUUAGCAAUCUACAGGAGAGACCAACAAAGAUCACACACCACGUCUCUGUCUCACCUUACCUUAGAGUUUCAAGUUGUACACAAACACAUCCAUGAUAUAAAUAAAUGUUUUUACUGAUCCAGUAAAGUCUAUAAAACUCAUAAAUGUAUAGUAAUCUGAAUGGAGACUGGUUACAAUGUCAGCUCUGGAGUAAUACGUUUAGAAGCUUGAAUUAUUUAAUUAUAUACUUAUAGACUAUAUAUAUAUUUAUUUAUAAAUUGUUGGAGUGUUUUUAAUUGAACAGAAAGACAGUGGAUAAUAAUAUUGUGAGAAACUCAUGUAUUAAUAUAUAAAAAGCAAUAUAAAAACAUUUAAAA